UCUCAUCGAUAUCAUGUGAUAAUUUGACAUACAUACAAACUCUGCUCAAACUCUGCUCAAACUUUACUGCUCUCGGAUUUCUUUUUUACUGAUUAUUGCCCUUUUCGAUUUAUACUAUUUCACUUCACCAUUUCACCAUAACACUAUUAUUUCUGCACCAGUUCUAAUUAACUUGUUUGAAUUCUAAAUCCUAAAUUAUAAACGAAAAGUGCUAGUCCACAAAGAGUAGACCAUGAACUCCUUUCAUGUUUGAUUGUUUUCUAUAAAUUAUUCCUUAUUUUUCAUUUUUCUAUUGUUCUUUCCUUGUACUUUUAUCAUAUAUAAUCUCCUGUUUUUUCUCUUUGUAACUCGUUAUUUCUGCUCCAUACAAUCUUCAUAUUUUUUUUCCUCUUUCUUUUUUCCCUUCUUCUCUCUCCUUCUCCUCUGUCUUCUUUUUGAUUUUCCCACUUUUUAAACCAUGACUUUUAAUAACAAUGCUUAUAAUGUCACUUCCAACUGUAGCAGUAAGCUUGCUACCAACAUCAAGGAUGUCGUCACUACUAACAAUGCUAUUUCUAGGCCUCCAGCAUUGCAUCUUCCUUCAAUUUCCUCUUUAAAUAUUCCUGGAAACCCUUAUUACUCAUCAUAUCACCCACACAACUCGGUUUUGAAAUCUGCAAAUUGCCGUUUCCAGAAUCCACAGAACAGUAAUACCAGUGGUUCUUUGCUGUCUUCCAUACCCAACAUAAUUAACCAUGAUCUCAACAAUUAUUAUAAUAAAUCACCUUCAAAUCUGUCUUAUGAAUCUAACAGCAUUUUAAACCCCAAUUCACAUAUACAAAUUAUACACAAUAAUCUUUCUUUUAAUCCCAAUUCUCAUCUUCCACCUUUAUCCUCAAAUCCCACUUUACAAUCUCUACAAUCUGUAACACCUACCCUGCCCACCACUAUCAUUCCCUCUGCCAAAAAUCAAUUUAAAAUACUUUCUACUGAUUCUACAACUCUAAAAAAGAAUCUCAAUAAAACUACAAUCAACGUUAA